AUGGAUAAUGUUAUGAUCCUCGUCAAAGCAGCAUCAUCAGAAGUAGAUAAAAUAAUCGAAGUAUAUGACAAUGCUUUAUAUAAUAAAAGAAUAUGUUGGGUAUUAUUGAAUAAAGCACAAACAGCUGAAACAAUUAUAAAAAAUAAUUAUGAAGAAAAGAAUCUUUUUUCAGAAGAUAAUUUACAAAAUUUAGUUGUAAAUUUACGUAAAAUUCAAAAAUUUGUUAAAGAAAUUUCUCAAUUAAAAAGUUCAAAGUAUAAUAAAAAUAUUGAAAAAGAUGCUAAAGAUUUAAUUAAUGAGACUGAUUCCAUUAUACGAGAUUUACAAUUUUCUUUGAUGAUGAUGGAUUUCAAUAUAUGUGCUGACGAUGAUAAUAAAGAUAUUGCUUCCGAGUUCGAUGAUUCAUUCAAGUUCCUUCAAGAGAUUGACGGUGUUAUAACUGAUGCGAAUAAAAAUAUUUCGGAAGUAUUCGAAAAUAUAAAUGUACUUAAUUAUACACUUCAGUUAUUCGAAAAAACUAUGAAUGGAGGUUCGGCCAAUGGUGUCCAAGCAACACCAUUCAAAAAAAAUUCUGUUAAUAAAUCUAAUAGAAUGAUGGAUACUACAACAGAAAUUAUAGAACCAACGAGUACAGUAAAAACCCCUUCCAAAGUAGCAGAAAUGACCAAUGAAUUUAACGAAAGAGGUUCUACCGAUGAUAUCCAAGCAGAAACAAAAUUUGAAAUCUCUAAUAGUAUAGUCUCCGAAGCUGUUUCUCCAUUUAAAAUACCAUUUUUAAGUUUUUUACCAAUUAUAUCAGAUUUAACAAAAUUAAUUAGCGAAAUAGUAGAAGUAAAUCAAAAAGCCGAACAUAAUAAAGACAUAUGCAAGAUGAUGUUGGAUAAAGUACAAAUAUCUGAUACAUCAAUAAGAAGAUUAUCUAAUAGUGGUC